GUGAAUUGGUUCUUUGUGAAAACAAGUUUUGUGUUCAUCUCAAAUAACAACAACAAUCAAUAUAUCAAUAUAUCAACAAUUAUUGUGUCGUAAUUUUUUAAAGGAACAACACACAAUUUUUCAAAGACUAAUAUUCAAGUUUACUAGUUGAAUUCAACUCCCGAUAAUAAUUCAUCACAAUAUAAUAUGGCUCCAAUGAAGACUGCUGCUGUUACUACUCCAGCAACUACCACAACCACAACUACUCCAGUCACUACCACAGCAUUAUUGCAAAAUGUUCAAUCCACACUUUCUAAAUCCCUUGACACUUCUCUCAAUGUCAUUGGUAAACAACUUCAAACUCUGGGUGUUAACCUUCCACAAGAUCAACAAGAAAAGCUUAGCAUGGCUGUUGGUUUAACAGGAGUUGGUGCCACUCUUUAUAUUUUGAAUAAGAUCUGCAGUAAGAUUAUGAGAAUGCUUACAUUACCAAAACCAAGUUUUGCCAAGAAGGAUUACGAUGUAGUCAUUGUUGGUGGUGGUAUUGGUGGUUGUGCAUUGGGAAGUGCAUUGUCUAAGGCUGGAAAGAAUGUGUUGGUUCUUGAAAGAGAUAUGAGUGAGCCAGAUCGUAUCAUUGGUGAAUUGCUUCAACCUGGUGGUGUUCAACAUUUGAAAGAUUUGGGACUCGGACAUUGUCUUGAAGGAAUUGAUGCUGCCAGAGUUUUUGGUUAUCAAGUUUUCUAUGGUGAUGAACAAGUCAAUUUGCCAUACCCAGCUGAUUCCAACAGUAAGGUUGGUGAAAAGGUCGAAGGUAGAUCAUUCCACUAUGGUAGAUUCAUUAUGAAUUUGAGAAGAGCUUGUGAACAAGACGGAGCUAAGAUCUUGGAAAGAACUGUUGUUUCAUUGAUUGAAAAGACACCAGGUUUGAUUGAAGGUGUUCAAUAUAAGGAAGGUGAUGCCACUGUUGAAGCUACUGGUAAUAUCGUCGUUGUCUGUAACGGUGCUGGUAGCUCUUACACUAGACAAGUUCGUUCUGAUAAGGUCGGAAGUGGUAACAAGCCAUUGGUUGUUUCUCAAUUCAUUGGUUUGGAACUUGCUGCUUCUGCUGACAAGUUGCCAAGACCAAAUCACGGAAACGUAUUCCUCUUGCCAGAUGCUCCUUGCUUGCUUUACCCAAAUAGUACAACUACAGUUAGAUGUUUGAUCGAUUUCCCUGAUGGAGAUGCCAACAAAUUACCAAAGAGAGGCGAAGAAAUGGCCAAAUACCUGCUUGAAUAUAUCAUGCCACACUUGCCAGAAAAUUUACAUGAAUCUUUCAAAGCUGAAGUUGAUGCUGGCAGAAUUAAGGUUGUUCAAAAUCGUGAAAUGCCAGGUGAAACACCAGAAUCACUCACCAAGAAGGGAGUUGUUCUGAUUGGUGAUGCCAUGAAUUGCAGACAUCCAAUCACUGGUGGUGGUAUGACUGUCACAUUCUCCGAUUGUAAGGAAUUAGUUAAGGCCAUUGUUCAAAUUAAGGAUUUGAACUGUGUUUCUGAAGUUGAUGAAGCAAUUCAAUCAUUCUAUGUUAACAGAUCUAAGGUUGCAAGCACUAUUAACAUUCUUGCCAACGCAUUGUACAGUAUCUUUGCUCCACCAUCUGGAAGCAAAUCUUGGGAAGCAUAUAAGAGUGAAGGUAAGAAGCCAGACGCUCUCUCAAACAAUGACAGCAUGUCAAUUAUGCGUAGAGCUGUUUUCGGAUAUUUCAAGAAGGGUGGUAUUUGUCAAACUGGUCCAUUGUCAUUAUUGAGUGGUAUUUGGCAUUCACCAUAUGGUCUCAUUGCUCACUUCUUCUCUGUGGCCGUUAUUGGUUCAGUUGAUCUCAUUAAGGAAGGAGGUAUUUUGGGUAUCUUUGGAAGUAUAUAUAAGAGUUUGAAGAUGAUAACUGGUGCUACUACUCUCAUUGCUCCACUUAUUGCUGAAGAACGUUUAUUAUCUUGUAUUUUCCCUGGUUUCAUUUGGAGAAGAAAGCCACUUCCACACCACCAAAAGUAAAUAUCCCAAAUCAUUAUAAUCGAGUUUUUAUCCUAAUAAAUCUAACUU